UCCGAGGAACCUUCUGGGUUGUUUUGUUCUACUUGUUUUAUUUUUCUUUCUUGUGUAGAAAUCAAAAACACCAUCACUUAUUUAUUUUAUAUAUCUAUCGUCUUCUAGACUGAAAUUGCAUCUGCUAAGUUCUGGACUUCUGCCAAUGUCUUCUCCUGCUGAGUACUACAAGUCUCUUCCACCUAUAAGCAAGGCUUAUGGGACCUUGUGCCUGUUUCUCACCACAGCUGUUCAAUUUGGACUUCUUUAUUUGCCGGAUAUUGCAUUGAUGUAUAAACCUGUGUUCUCGAGCUUUCAGGUAUGGAGGCUGAUCACAACCUUCUUUUUCCUUGGGAAUUUCUCUAUCAAUUUUGGAAUUCGCCUCUUAAUGAUAGCAAGAUAUGGAGUCCAGUUGGAGAAAGGGCCGUUUGAAAGGCGUACAGCGGAUUUCUUGUGGAUGAUGAUCUUUGGAGCUCUGUCAUUAUUGGUACUUUCUGCGAUCCCCAUUUUUUGGAGCCCUUUCUUGGGGAUAUCACUUGUGUUCAUGCUUCUCUAUGUUUGGAGUAGAGAAUUUCCAAAUGCCCAAAUCAACAUAUAUGGGCUUGUAACUCUUAAGGCCUUCUAUCUGCCAUGGGCGAUGCUUGCUUUGGAUGUUAUUUUCGGUGCACCUCUUAUGCCAGAUCUCCUGGGAAUUAUAGCAGGGCAUUUAUAUUACUUCUUGACUGUGUUGCAUCCUCUUGCAACUGGAAACAUCUUAUUAAGAACCCCCAGAUGGGUAAAUAAGCUGGUUGCAAGGUGGAGAAUAGGAGCCCCAACCCCAAUGUACAAUAGUGCACAGCCUGACAGAACUACUCAAGCGGCUGACGGCACUACAAGUGCUGCUUUCAGAGGGAGAUCUUAUCGUCUAAAUGAUUAGUUGUGGUUCUGUCACCUGUUCCUGGUACAUUCCAUUUUCCUGUUGUUCAGAAGACACCACUAACAGAGGGAGCGAAAUAUUAGAUGCAAGUCUAUCAGGAGUGAUUUUGUGAAGGGGUCCUGACGGCUAAACCAUUUUGUUCUUGUUUCAUCUGCUGCUCAACCAUUUUAAGAGCUUAUUUGUCGAAGGAGCAGUUAAUGUCAUUUUCUUCCAGCUUAUUUGUCUUUUCAUCCAUUCUAGAUGUAGCUGGAUACUCGCAUCUUAGAAUGACAUGCUAUGAACUUGUUUCAAUUACUCCAUUUAUUUUGUAUUUGUUUUUUAAA